AUGGCGCCAGAACAAGUUUCAGAUUUUUCAGAUGAGCGUACAGCAAUCAUGCUGAGGCGCCUGCCACCCAAAUUGGCGACGGAGAAGCUCCUCCAGGUCUUGGAUGCGACUGGAGGUGGAUACAACUUCGUGUACAUGCCCCAUGAUCGCCAGAAGAAUCGCAACGUGGCGCUGGCUUUCGUGAACUACGUCGACGCUGCACGAGCACGGAGUGCAUUGCAGUACUUCGCCAGCGGGUCUCACCAUCCGCUGUUGGGCCAUGCCCUGCGCGUGUCACAGGCAGACAUUCAAGGAUUGGGGCCGAAUCUGGCCUUCUUCGUUGCUCGGUGCCUUGGCUUUGGUCAUACCUUUCCAACUUUUCCCUACUUUUCGACUCCCUCAUUUUUGAAAUGA